AUGGACUACACGACCCUCCUCCCCGCCGAAAUCCUCAACGAGAUCUUCACCUGGACCAAACGCCUCGACCCCAUCCCCACCGCCGACCAGCUCCGCCUCCUCAAAAACGACCGCCGGCGCACGCUCUCCUCCCAGCUCUCCCUCCCGCCCUUCCAGAUCUCGCCCUACAAGCUCAUAUCAACCUCCGAGCGCCUCGCCUGGAUAUCCGUCACGCACGUCUGCGCCCGCUGGCGCGCGCUCGGGCUAGACCAGACGGACCUGUGGACGGACCUGCCCCUGGUGCUCGGCCCGCGCUGGUUCAAGUCGUUCAUAUCGCGCAGCAAGAGCGCGCCGGUGUCGCUCGACUACUCCUCCUUCUCCCGCGCGGCCUACCUGCACUGGGAACAGUCCCUCGAGCUCGAGAUCGUGCCGGCCCUCCGCCCGCGCCUGCGCACGUACACCACCGGCUUCGACGGCGACAACAAGAUCGCGAAGCUGCUCUGCCUGCCCUGGCCGGCGCUCGAGGAGCUCGAGAUCAACGCUAUGGGGCGCUAUACGGCGCAGAGGCUGCUGGACGACUGCGCGCCGAGGCUCAGGAGCUUGAGCUUUAGUCUGUAUCUGUCGACGCAGGGCGCGGAGGUGUUCCCGUGGGGCGCGUCGUUCUUGGGGAAUCUGGCCGUGCUGGAUCUGUUGUUCGCGCAGGGGAUCAGGGGCGCGUCUGUGCCGGACUUUCUGGGCGCGCUGGGGAGGAUGCCGGGGCUGCGCCAUCUGAGGUUGAGGGAUAACCGCGAGAAGGCUGCGGAAUUGUGUUUGGCUUGUGAGGAGGGCGCGCUCGUGUCGCUCCCGCAUUUGCAGACUCUGGCAUUCGAGUCGGCGGGGAGUAUGAUCUCGCAUAUCACGCGCCACGUUCUUCCGUCGCCUUCGGUGAGACUGUUGCUAGAUGCUUCGGACGACGAUAACUGGAACGUCUACACGUCCCGCUUGCUCUCGUGGUACCAGCCCGAUCCGGACUUUACGGGUUUCCACUCCGCGCACGCGAUACUCGGACCAACGACAGGCCGUCCAGGCAUUGUGGACCUUAGCCUAUCGCGCUCGGCGACUUCAAUCCCUUCCGAACCGUCCUUCACGCAGAAGUGGCACGCGAGUACUCCGAACGAUGCGGAGUUGAGGUUCAAGAUGCGGAGAGACGCGGUGCCGAGUAAUCCGGAGGACGUCGUGCAGGUCUUACAAGCUCUUCAACCUCGUAACGGCCACAUCAACGAGGAUGCGGAUGCGGACGGGGAGGAGAGUACACUGAAGGCGUUAGCGCUGACACUUCCGUUGAGGUUCCCGUCGCACGAGCUGCCCGAGUCCUGGUUGACGCCCUUCUACACGCGCGAUCUGUUCAGAAACGUCACGACGCUCCAGUUCAACUGGCCGCUCCUCAAAUGCGUCUCGGCACUCACGCCCGGCCACUCCCUGCACUCCCCCACCACUCCCUCUCCUACCCCCUCGCACAACCAAUACAUCCCCUUCCCCUCCCUCCAAACGCUCGACUUCGCCGAAUGCCGCCUCGGCUUCGUCAUCGGCUGGAUGCCGGGUGUCCUCGACGACAUGCUGAAAGCGCGGAGAGAGAGGGGCGUGGGGCUGAAGAGGGUGUGGCUGAGGAUGGAGGAGGAUGUGCGGGAUGUGAGGGAGGGGAGGGUCGAGGAUGUUAGGUGGGUGUUGACGUUUAGGAGUUUGGAGGAUGUCGUGGGGCUUGUGGGCGGGUUGGAGGGGUUGGGGGAGGUUAGGAUUGUGAAGAGGGGGGUGUAA